CAUCCGAGAUCGCGCCUUCAAGAGCUCCAUUGAUUUUUUUUCUGGGGCACCCCCCACGUUGAACAAUUCCCCCUGGUGCCCCCUUUUGCAGAAGUGGAUGUUUUCUUGGUGGAAAGGAUGCUACAGCACUGCAUAGGGACAUCACAGUUGAGCCAACAAUUGUGCAAAUUGGGGAUUAUUGAUACGAGUGUGUCAGCUCUUACGAUAAUCUCCCUCGGAUCUGUGGCCUUUUACUUAUGCAAACGCACAAAUUUAAAGCGCACAGACAUACUUUAUAUGCACAAUUGGCGAUUUUCAUUGGUAAUUUUGAUACUUUUCGUGCAAAUAUGCGGAUUCGCAGAAGUGUGCAUUGCAAUUAAUUCCCAACGUGAUGCCAGUGUGGUGAAUCGAUAUGCCCUAUUUGAUCCGGGAUUGGCUCUUGGUGCAUCCAUCGUGGCAGCUGUCUUUAUACGGGCUGUUGAGCUUCAGGAUCAACCCGCCUGGCUCUAUCUUGUCGUCCUUGCGGAUGCUCUUCAGUUUAUCACAAAGAUAUGCAAACUAGCAUGGCUGACACGGAACCAGGGAUUAUUCUGUCUGCAGCCCUUCCUAAUGAUGUGCUCUACCAUUCUAUUUCUCCUCCUCACACUCCUGGAUUCCUUCGUGGCAUACAAAGAGGGUCAAAGUGGCCGCAACCACACAAUAAACUGGAGCGAAUGCAUCGGCUACAAGCACCCACAAUUGACUUUCCUGUCGAGAAUAACGUUCUGGUGGCUGGCACCGCUCAUGUGGCGUGGCUGGUGGAAACCACUGGAACUGGAGGAUCUGGGAAAUUUGAGUGAGGAGGACACUUGUCGCUAUCAUUAUGACAAAUUCCUCCUCAACCAUCGCACCACACCGGGUGCAUCCAUGUGGCGUGCUUACAUAAAGACAUACUGGCGCGAAACCAUCUUCGGUGGUGUGCUCAGGUUCUUCAGUGAUGCCACCACCCUCAUUGGACCCCUCGGCAUUUCCCUCGUGGUGGACUACGUGGCACAGAACCAAAAGCAGCACAUCGCGAUGCACAGCGCUGCGGGGAACUCAUCGAGUGCAGAGUUGGGUAGCCACAUGAGUGAUGGCAUCUACUUUGUCACUUGGUGGGACUUGAUGACGAACGGAUGGUUCGUAGCCGUUGCCAUUCUCCUGGCAUCACUCGCCCAAGGCACCCUGUCGCAGUCAUCUACCCACAUCAUAAACAUGGUGGGAAUUCAUCUCAGAGCCGCCAUACAGGGGCUCAUAUAUCGCAAAUGCCUCUCCCUCAGUCCAGCUUGUUUUCGCCACACAAGCAAACCCACUGCCACCAAUGAAGACCAUUCAAACCCCGACAGAGGUGAUGAGGAAGCGCACAGUGAAACCGAUGCGGGAUCCAUUACCAAUUUAAUGACGGAGGAUGCAGACAACAUCAUGUCAUUCUUUUGGAUCAUUCACUACGUCUGGUCGAUACCACUCAAGAUAUCCAUUGUAAUUUAUUUGCUCUAUUUGAAAUUGGGCUGGAGCGCAGUGUUCGGAUCAUUAAUUUGUGUGGCUUUAAUGACGCCGCUACAGUUUUUAAUUGGAAAAAUGAUGUCAAAAAAUGCGGAAAAAAUGUCGCAAUACACCGAUGAGCGAUUAAACAAAUUGAAUGAAAUACUUCUGGGUAUCCGGAUAAUAAAGCUGAAUGCAUGGGUGGAAAGUUUCAAGGAACGCCUCCAUGCUUGCCGUGAAAAGGAGUUAAGACCCAUGAAAUUGGACUGUAUAUACUGGACCGCACUGACCUUCCUAACUCAUGUAGCCUCAAUUCUCAUUGCCUUCGUCACAUUGGCCAUUGCGACGAGCUAUGAUGGAGAUUUUUCAUCGAGUCGUGUCUUCUCAGCCCUGGCACUUUUCAAUCAACUCACAAUUGCACUCUUUAUCUUCCCCAUUACUGUGCCCAUUACCAUUUCCGCCAUCAUAAGCACACGCCGCUUGGAAGCCUUUAUGGCCUUGCCAGACGUUCACAAGGAGCUCGAUGGGAGUCAGAAUGUGGCACGUGUCCUAAGUCGUGGCGAUAAUUUGCUGGAUAUCUAUGAAAAUGAAGAUCUCAGUGACACGACUACGUCGGAAAAUCCCACAGACGUGCGAGAAUCCCCAUCAGAUGGGGGAACCUCUGCUGCUGCUGCCGCCCCACACCCCGUGGGUGGGCAUCGUGGCAAGUCAAAGUUGCGAAAAAGCAGCCUCAGCUUGUACAGUCAAUUGGAGCGCAAUCGUGAAAGGAAGAAGCAGCCACCCGCCAAGGAUUCAGCAGCUGCACUGAGUGACCAGCCAAAUAAUUUGCCCGAUUCAACAGUGCUCAGGAUAACUAAUGGGGUGUUCACAUGGAGCACGAAUCACUUAAAUGCCAUCAAUUUGCCCAUAGAGCAUUUGGAAGUGAAUAAGGGCACCCUCGUAAUGGUGGUUGGUCCCAGUGGAAGUGGCAAAUCAUCCCUCUUGGCCGCGCUCCUUCGUGAAAUUCACCUAAUUUCCGGAUCACUCGUGUGGAACAGAUUUGCAACUGUGGCAUAUGUGUCUCAGACUUCGUGGGUUCUCAACACCUCCAUUAGGGAUAACAUCCUCUUCGGUGAAUCCUUCCGGCCAAAGAGGUACGACAAAGUUGUGGAAGCGUGUGCCCUCAAACCGGACAUUGAAUUGAUGCCGGAACAAGAUUCAACCAUAAUUGGUGAGCAAGGAAUUAAUUUGUCUGGCGGACAGAGGCAACGUAUUGCAAUUGCUCGAGCUCUCUAUUCAUCUGCAAAUGUUAUCAUAAUGGAUGAUCCGUUCUCGGCAUUGGACCAUGAAGUAACGAAAUUCGUUUUCGAGAAUGGCAUCAAGAAAAUGCUCAUUCGUCAUAAACGAACAACUAUUCUAGUUACGCAGAAUCUCCAGUUGAUUCGUACUGCUGAUAUGAUAAUUGCCAUGGAAAAUCACGGAAUACGCAUUGCUGGCACGCUAUCGGAGAUUAUGGAGAAGGAUGUGGAAUUGUAUGGAGAGUGGCAAAAGUCGUGGAUUGCACAGGAACGAGCAGCAAGCUCCGGUCGAACUGCAAGGGAACGCUGGAAGCUUUUUAAAAAUGUUGCCAAACUGGGAUUGCAGAAAGUGAAUCCGGACGAUGGGGAAGUAACCACGCGCAAAUCAUCCUACUUGCCAUCUAAAUCGCGCUCAAGCAUUUAUGGUUCCCGCCUUCUGGCCCACGACAUUCCUCUGCCAAUUGAUGAAUGCUACGGCGAGGAGGUACACAUCCGUCGACGUCCCAGCAGGUGGAUGAGCAGAGAACGCAAUGGAAUGCUACGGAUAAAAUCACUCCAGUGUGAACCGAACAAAUCCCGCAAUCCCGUGAGUAGGAAUAUUUCCUCACCGACGCGCCUACAGACUGAGGAUUCGCGCAUUGCGGAAGAUGAUGAAUGUGGUAGUACAUCAAAUUUGGGAUUCUACAACUUCCUCAGACGAUUGUCCUCGCGUCGUCAUCAGAAUGUAAUGCCUGCCACACCGGAAGAGGAACUCACACCGCACAUGGGAAAUCAUUCAUUAAGUAGACACUGUCGAAAGGCGAGUGCCUCCAACUCAAUACAAAGCAUUGAGGAAGAGGAGGAAGCAGAAAUGGCUGUUGAUUGUGCGGAAAGCACGGCAAAUAUGCCAAACUACGAGGAAGAGCGGAAGUAUGGGGAAAUUCCGUUGCGAAUCUACUGGCUCUACCUCAAGGACUGUGGUUUGGGUGUUGUGGUGCUCUUUUGUCUAAUUGCACUCUCAUGGCAAACUCUACGGGUCAUCACGGAUGUUUGGCUCCAAUCGUGGACUAACACUAUCGAUGGGAACGGAAGUCAAGCUGAGCAAGCAGAUUCUAUGCAUUACUUCAGCGUGUACGCCAUCCUAUCGGGUGUAUGUGUCCUGCUAUCAAUGCUCUCAACUCCAAUUGGCCAAUAUGCUGGACUUCGAGCACGUCGUAAAAUCCAUACGAAACUACUUGAUUCCAUUCUUGGGAAUUCCCUUCGAUUCUUCCAGACGACUCCAUUGGGUCGAAUCAUGAAUCGAUUCAGCAAUGACAUGGCCAUAAUUGAUAAGAAAAUUGCCCCAACAAGUCAGCGUCUCUUGCAAUUCCUCCUGCUGUGUCUGUGCUCAAUAUUAAUUAAUUCCUCUAUCUCUCCUUGGUUCCUUCUGCUCUCACUCCCAAUUUGUGCCAUUUACUACGGACUUCAACAUUUCUACAGGAGUUCAUCCAGGGAACUUCAGCGGAUUGAAAACAUCAUGAGUUCACCAAUAUUGUCCCACUUCACGGAAACAAUUCAGGGCGUUGCAACAAUUCGGGCAUACAAUCAGGAAGCUCGUUUCAUGGAGAUUCUCUUCAGGCGCAUGGAGGCCAACAAUGUGGCAUUUGUAAUUUUAAACACGAGCAAUCGCUGGUUGGGAAUUGCUCUGGACUAUUUGGGCGGAAUUAUUGUCUUUCUCGCCAUCAUAACCGCAUUGUUGACGGCGCACAUUUACGCGGAAACAACGCUUCCGUCGAUGGUUGGAUUGGCCAUUAACUACACCCUCCUGGUGCCGAUCUAUCUGAAUUGGGUGGUGAAGCUACUGGCGGACAUGGAAAUGUAUGUUGGUGCUGUUGAACGCAUUGAAUAUUACAUUAAAAACGGAAGUCCCGAAUGUACAGAUGUUUAUAAGCCCGUCCCAAUAUCAUGGCCCCAGCGAGGAGACAUUGUCUUUGAGAAUGUUUCCUGCCGAUAUGGAAGUCAGGAGCAAGAUAUCAUCAUGAAUUUGUCGCUCAAGAUUCCUGCUGGUCAAAGGAUUGGUAUCUGUGGUCGUAGCGGAAGUGGCAAGUCAUCGCUGGCGUUGGCGCUUUUUGGGGCACUCACCAUGAGUAGUGGGCGCAUAUUGAUCGACGAUGUUAGCAUUGCGGAAAUCCAUGUGGAUGAGUUGCGGUCACGACUGUCGAUAAUCACGCAGGAUGUUGUCCUCUUUCGUGGGACAGUGCGCGACAAUCUGGAUCCUCGUGGUCACUUUAGUGACAUUCAGUGCUGGAAUUGUCUGGAGAUGGCACAGAUAAAGGCGCUCAUUCAGGCAAAUCCCGCAGGGUUGGAUGGUGAAGUUGAGGAGAAUGGGAUGAAUUUCAGUGUGGGCCAGCGGCAACUCUUCUGCCUGGCACGAGCUGUCCUCCGGGGAUCGGUGUGCCUGGUCCUGGAUGAGGCCACGAGCUCACUGGAUCCCUUUACGGAGCACACACUCCUCCAGGCGGCCAAUGAGGCCUUCAAGGGACGCACAAUCAUCACGAUAAGUCAUCGCCUCAGCACCCUGCUUUCAUAUGACCGUGUUAUUGUCCUCGAGGCGGGACGUGUUGUGGAGGAGGGAUGCCCCAAGGUGCUGAAGGAGACGCGCGGAAGCAAAUUCGCCAGUAUGCUCCAAAGCUCAUAUCACGAAAGCACAUAAUUUCAUCUUCUCUACUGCUCUCCCCCAUUACAGCCGACACGAAGUAAUCAGAUUUGUGCCAUAACUUCAUUUGACUUCAUUUAUAAGGGCUGCGCUCUUCUUUUUUUUCUCGCACACACCCACCCCCCAUUCCGCCCGCAUUAACGCACAUCGUCGUCGUAUUAUGGGUUACCGAGUAAAAAUAAACAUGCUGUGUCAAUGGGGGUUGAAACAGGGUAAGGAGAGUCAUAUCCUCGGGAUCAAAGAAAUUUCCUCCAUGAGACUUUUAUGGGAGUUCUGUCUGCAAAAUCGAUUUUUUUUCCCUUCACAAAACCUCACCAACUCAUCACAACACACCAGCAAUAUGGCAUAGUGAUGUGCCACAAGAGAUGAAUUAUUUCAAUUGAGAUUUUAUCGCGAAACUUUCGUAUUCAAAUUAGUUGUGCAGUAAAUUGUGGAAAUUGGCGCAGUGCCCAAAAUUACCCUCUCGCAAAGAAAAGCCAAAGAGGCGGGAGUGAAUUUAAUAAAAUAAAGAGAUUCCCCGAAAAAAAAAAA